AAAUGACAUCAGCAGAUAAUGUCAAUCAGGGUUGGAAUACACUCUACGAUUACGACAACGGGAACAUAUAUGUACAUUUAAAGAAUAAUGAUUUAUUACGGUUAAACUUUUCCUUGGCUGGAUUUGAAAAUAACGACGUCAACACAUUAAACUUGAAGAAUAACCAGCAGAUUGAAACUUUACCACUGCCACCUGAUAAGUCAACCUUAUUUCUAUUACAAGGUAAGCUCUAUGCUUUGACAACAUUGGAAAGUAAAACAGAACGAGACUUGUGCGGGGAUGGCAUAAUAUCCAUAGUGGAAUUUUCUGGUAACAAGUGGAGUACUAUUACAGGAUUGAAUUAUGACAAUAUUAAAGAUGCUUCAUUUUACCGCUUUCCAACCAUAUUCACAAACCCUAGUUAUAACAACACAAUAUAUUUCUAUGGAGGACUUUGUGAACAGAGCAAUUCUAUUUCCAAUCGGUUACUUUCUUUCGAAAUGGACACCAAUAAAUUCAGUACCAUAUUGACUAGUACCAAGCCACAAGCGUUUUACGGAGCAGGAAACUUGUUAGCACCUACGCCACAAUCUCAACUAGUUAUUGGUGGACAACUGAGUCUGGGAUGGUUGAAUAUGUAUCAAUUAGCCACUUGGGAUUUUUCUGCCGGCUGGUCAUUCGAACAAGUUAAAUCUAAUUCUAAUGAUACUAUGGUAAACUCGAGAAAAUUUCCCUUGGUUCUCCCCUUAUUCCAACCAAUUGCAAAUGAAUCUUCAAUUCAGGAUAAUUUCAAACUUGAUCAAGUGUUGUUGAUAGGUGGGGAACUGGGAGGUCAGCAAGCAGCAACACCAGCAUUUGCAAAAUUAGCGCUCGACUCAAAUCAAUGGUAUUGGAACUCGUCAAUUGAAACCAACCAGAUCGAUUAUAGUGACAUUUCCGGGGCUGCAACGAUAUUUAAUACCUUAGUUGUGGUUAAUUCUAGCAGCACCAAUAACAAAAGAGACAAUCAAUACCAUAUCAAUUUAUUUGACACGAAUACUUUCCAACCUGUGAAAUCUUUGAAAGAAAAUGUCCAGGCGUUGCAAAGCACCAAAUCUUCUCCCAAAUCUUCCUCAUCUUCUUCUGAUUCGUCGUCUUUCCAGAAGAAGGUUGUCUUGGGAACUGUUUUCCCGGUUGUUUUCAUUUCAAUAGCCAUAGGAAUAGCGGCAUUCUUUAUGAUAAAAAGAAGAAGAAGGAAAGAAGAAGAAUCACAAUAUAAUGACAUUGACUAUAAGUUUGGAUACUUGCAACAACAAUCUAUACUAGGAGAUGGAUUGCACAAUAUAAGUGAUAGUAAUUCAACUUUGGACAAUGCAUCAAUAGACUCGUGGAUGAAAAAGAGACAAGAGUACGACAAAAGAUUAAGACAUAGCUAUCUUGCCUCGAAUGAAACAUUAAAUACCGCGGAUGAAGAAUUAUUGAUUGAAAGAAACCACACGGAAACUGUGUAUGAUGAAGAUGACGAUGAUGGAGAAGGUGAUAUAUCAUUUGGUAUGUCAUUGCAGGCACCACAACCAGCUAUAACGACGAAAUCAGUGAAAAAAUUGAAUAAAUCAUUCUCAUACAGUAAGACUCCUCCAACAUCACCAAAUUUCAAACGGAAAAAGAUCAAUAAACUACAGUCGUUGAGAUUGACUAAUUCGGAACAAUUGAUAGGAGGAGCAGGGUAUAAAGAACUAGAAACAUCACCAAGGAAGUUCCACACCGACGAAGAUAAUGAAUUUGAUGAAGUAUCUUUAGACGAAGCCGUAGACGCACAGGUCUUAGUCAGUAGCAAACGAAGAUCGAUCUUACGGGUUGUCAAUCCAGAUCAAGCGCUGAGCAUAUCCAAACAAGAAAGUAUUGCAGAAAGUGCCUCGGAAAAGGAACCCGAGAAUUUUAGUGAAGCAAUCCGGAACCAAUUUGAAAAAAUUGCUGAAACUGCAAGUUUAAGACAAAGGGUGCCGUCAGGACAAACUAUUUUAGAUUAAGCUUGCAUCUAAUUUUUUUUUACACGAGGGUGUUGUGUAGAAUGUGUUAGUUUUAUGUAUUUGUAUGUAUUUUUAAAGUAUAAUUUUUCUUUGUUGCUAACUACUCGGCUGUGGUGGGUAACACAACGGGUAUAGCCACAUUUGGAACUCCUUCCAGAUAAGAAACAACAACAAGGUGUCAUUUUCAAUUAGCCACCCCAUGGGGCAUUGACGACAAUAAAGGAAAUGACAACAAGGUGACUAUGAAAUAUAAUCACCGAGAACUUAGAGUCAUGGGGGUUUAACUACUUCUUUUAACAUUCCGGAGUUUAUCUAUAACAGCAAACAUAGUUGCACUGUGCCCCGAUUACUACGUUGUACAGGAAA